GUCUCUAGGACGUGCAAAUAUGAAUUUUCAUCUUUUGUGUCAAAUAUGAAUUUAAACCUCGAGGCAGGUCUUCGUAUGACUUCCUGCUGUAUUUAUGUGCAAUAAAUAUUGCGCUGAGUUCUAUUCUGAUUCUUCCUCAUCUGAAACAUAUAAUUCAAAAUCUUCUGAAGAAGAAAUCACAAAAGUAAUUCAGAAAUGUAAUCGUUCAUACCCAAUACGCUGGGACCAACUUCCGCCAAGAGAUGUUAGAUAUCAGAAUGAUGUGUGUUUUUCAUUCAUAUCUCUCUGUAAAAGCUUGCAACCCUUAUAUUGGUUUAAAGAAUAUUCUACAAGCCUGACGGUGGAGUGCACUAAAAAUUUGUGGUUAUCUUUGAAGGGAGUGACUGACGAUAGAUAUGAAUUGACAGAAUACCAAAUAAUACGUGAAGUCAUUUGGGUGCUACUUGGAGCUAAAAAGUCGUUUGUAUCACAGAUGGCAAAACGUGGAACGACAGAAGUUGGUUUCAAAUCCCGCCUAGUGUGUGUCAAUCACUUGUCUUUCAAUGCACUUGACUCCCUGCUGCGGGAGUUUUCAAGCUGGAAUGAACAUAUAUCGUUCCUAAGAUAUACAGUUCAGUUUGUGGUUAGAGAAGUGGACUUCAUUUCCCAGCCAUGUGCCUUCUCGUUUGCUGAUUGCCUCAAUGUAUUUUUAUCUCAACUUGAUGAGUUUUUAAACAAACUGGAAGGUAUGAGUCGUGGUUGUGGUACUUUUACUCUGCUCAGUCUUUGUCAGUGUCUAACUCCAUGGUUUUAUCGUGUAAAAAUAAUAUCAAAGAUUGUAAGGGACGUCACCAACGGUAACAUGAUGAAUAUGCAAGAUGCACGAACUAUCGCGAAACUGCUGGAUAAAUUAUAUUGUUCUGCAAAUUUCAUAGAAGACUGCAGGUGUGAUCAUUAUGUGGUAUGUAUGCUUCGUUCUGCAUUUAUUUUUACUUUUCAUCCCUUACUUUAUUCACUGGUUCACUUGCUAUCAGGAUCUGCUUCGUAUACUGAUUCAUUUGUGAAAUUAUUUGUUGAUAUUGAUUGUAAUAUAACUCCUAAUGAUCCUGAAUUCUGGCAUUCUGCAAUGAAGCCAAAAAUCAACGAACUUGGUACACCUGAUGUACCACAGAUGUUUAUUCCUGUUUUCGAUAAAAUAGUUGACGGACUUAAAGCUCUUUUCUUGCUCAUCUCAAUCUGUGAAAAUAUCCGAAAUUAUUCUUUUCUGGAAAAGGUUGCUGUGGAUCCUUCUCGAGUGUACAAAAGUUUCCCUCCGAUUUAUUCUGAUUUCUUAUCAGGAAAACGGAAGUUACGUUUUGAUUUUGAGUCACAUGAAUACCCCGUUAGACAACAGACGUGUUUCUUCGACAGAUCUUGUGAUAGUAUAAAGUUCCUCAAAUCAGAUUUAGAGAGCUUUGUUCAUGAACAAAUAGCGUCGAUCAACCAGCAAUUGCUAAAAAUUGUGAUUGUUCCUCACUCUAUUUCGAAUUCCUUACGAGGUAUUGGAAGUUGUCUCGCUACAGCCGGAGCGGUUUACCUUUUCGGUUCUGGCGACACUAUGAAUGACUUUGCACGUCAAGUAUUUGAGGAUUUUCGCUCUCGAGAAGGUGGAAAGCUCUGCAGUUUUGAACUCACAGCCAGUCUUCAAGAAUAUUUAACAGAUUCAUCUAAAACUUGCCAGGGAUUACCUGCGUUUCGGCAUAUCGAGUCAUCUUUCCUUACAUUCAGUUUUCAGAAUGCAGAUUCCUUGUCGCACAGUUUGUCUGAAAAAUUGGGUCUUGAUUUAAUCAAAGACUUAACACUUGAUUACUGCAUAGAUUGGCCAGCAAAUAUUAUUCUGGAUGAAAACAGUGUGGAAGUUUACAACGGUGUAUUCCUUUUUCUUUUUCAGUUAUUUAAUAAGCUCUGUGGAUUUGCAUAA